AUGAAUAAGAUUAAAAUCUAUUAAUUAUUAAACUCAUCAUUUUAGUCUAUUAUUGAUGAGUAUAAUUCCUUACAAUAUUUUUAUAAUAGAAUUAGCAGAUUUAUGAUUAUACGAAAGAAUGUGCUGCUGAUUCCUUACAAUAGUCCCUUUAAUCUUGAGAUGGAGACAAAUGUAACUGUGAAUUAAAUGCUGAACUAUUUUAAAGAAAACGAGCAUUUAUUAGGAGAUACAAAUAUGUGGAGUUGCUAUUCAUACAAUAGGAAUAUAAAAUUAGGGGGCAAUGAUGAAGUUGGAAAUAUGGAUGACGAGUUAUUCAUUAUUGUUUGUUAAAAGCAUAUUGAAAAACAAAAAUCGAUUGCACUCACUAUUCAACCUUAGAAUAUUCGCUUCAUUUUGAAAGUCCAUGAUUUAUUCACCCAUAUUCGUAACAAAUAUUCACUUACUGAAAAUUAUUAGAAUUGGAGAUGUUAUUCCUAAGACUACAAUCAACACCUGAAGCCAAACGAGAAGCUUUUAGAUUUGUAAAUGGAUAAUUUCAUCAUUGCCACGGAUGAAAUUUAUAUUCAAAAACGAAUAUAGGCUGGAUUAAAUGUUCAUUUGGCUAUGGAAGUGUAAUCAGAUUCCAAAAUCAUUGAAAUAGUGCGAUUUAUUUAAAAAUAUUUAAAAUUAUAAGGAGAUAUAUAGUAAUGGACAUGUCAUUCUUUAUAAUUAAAUAAAAAUCUGGAGUUUAAUUCUACAGUAAAUGACAUAGUUGGUGAAUAAUUGCUUAUCACUACUACAAAUGGCAUCUUUAAUACUUAAAAUCUAUUUUAGACUACUUUUGAUACUUUAAAUUAUGGUUAAUCGAUGAAUUAGACAAAUUAAAUAUUCCAUCAAUACGAUCAAUCAUAAUUAAGUGUUUAAUAAUUAAUAGAAUUAAAAAUCGAGAUAUUGGAAGGUGUUUAUAAAAGAUCCUUUGUUGAUCAUUUUAAUCCUAAUACUCAAAUUGAAAAGUUAGCUAUAUUUAUUUUAAAUUAUUUAUCCCUUGACAUGUCUUAAGUUGCACUUGAUCUUUUUAUAAAUGGACAUUAAUACAAUAAUUAAAGAGAUAGAGUCUAAACUUUGUAUUAAUUCGGUAUAAAAAGUAAUUCCAUAGUUUAAGCUAAAGUAAGAUGGUUAGAUACAAAAGCAUGUUUAAAUUGA